AUGGAAACGCUGCUGCUGCCGCUCCUGCUUCUCUUCCCGUUAUUGCUGCUGCCGCAGGCCGGCGCCGCUGCCGCCGCCCGGGCAGCGGGGCCCGGCCUGGAGGAGCGGCUCUUCCAGCAGGUGCGGAACCACUUCAGCUUCGAGUGCUGUGGCAACGGGACCUUCCCGCAGCGGUACCUGGUCUCAGCAAAGUUCUGGAAGAAAGGAUUUGGACCCAUCUUUUUCUAUACUGGCAAUGAAGGUGACAUCUGGACUUUUGCUCAGAACUCUGACUUCAUAUUUGAAUUAGCAGAAGAACAGGAAGCACUUGUGAUUUUUGCUGAGCAUAGGUACUAUGGGAAGUCUCUUCCAUUUGGACUUGAGUCAACACAGCUGAAGAAGACUGGUCUGCUUACUGUGGAACAAGCCCUCGCUGACUAUGCAGUGCUAAUUACUGAGCUUAAGCAGCAGUACGGUGCUGCAGACUGCCCUGUCAUUGCUUUCGGAGGCAGCUACGGAGGAAUGCUGAGUGCUUACAUGAGGAUGAAAUACCCAAACAUUGUGGCCGGAGCAUUAGCUGCCAGUGCUCCUCUGUUGUCUGUGGCUGGGCUUGGAGACCCCACCCAGUUCUUCAGGGAUGUAACAGCAGAUUUUCAGAAGUCCAGCCCAGGCUGCGUCGCAGCUGUCCGCAAAGCCUUCCAGCAGAUUAAGGAUCUGUGCCUGAGUGGAGCCUACGAUGAAAUCAGCAGCAAAAUGGCCACAUGCAGUAAGAUCUCCAACAAGGAGGAUGUUUACCAGCUUUUUGGGUUUGCUAGAAAUGCCUUCACCUUGAUGGCCAUGAUGGACUACCCUUACAAAACCGAUUUCAUGGGUCACCUCCCUGCUAAUCCAGUGAAGGUUGGCUGUGAACAAAUCCUUGCCCACACAGACCCAAUUCAAGGACUGGCUGCUCUUGUUGGGGUGGUUUACAACUCCUCCGGCUCGGCACAGUGUUACGACAUAUACCAGCUGUACCAGUCCUGCGCUGACCCCACGGGCUGCGGCAUCGGCUCAGACGCCGAGGCCUGGGACUACCAGGUUUGCACCGAGAUCAACUUAACUUUCAACAGCAACAACGUGACCGACAUGUUCCCUGAGAUGCCCUUCACGGAGGCCAUGCGAGAGCAGUACUGUCGGAGCAAAUGGCACGUGAGGCCACGCGCACAGUGGCUGCAGACAAACUUUUGGGGAGGAGACCUGAAAAGUGCAAGCAACAUCAUUUUUUCAAAUGGAGACUUGGACCCAUGGGCUCGAGGUGGGAUAAAUAGCAGCCUCAGUCCUUCACUAAUUGCAUUGACCAUUAAAGGAGGCGCUCAUCACCUAGAUCUCCGAGGACACAACCCAGCUGACCCCCCAUCCGUCACAGAGGUGCGCAAGCUCGAAGCGAGCAUCAUCAGCGGCUGGGUGAAAUCUGCAAGGAUGGAAAGAGCAUGGGAGAAGCGCUCAGGAGCUUCAGGGGCCGGAUGGCUGUGACCACAUCCAUCCCCGUAGCUUCCGGCAGGGGUGCGAGGCUGCUGCUAGGAUGCAAACAGACAGCAGCCUGCUGAGCUGUGCCUGUGCUGUUCCAGAAAGUGUUACCUCCUCUGCCAUGUCAGUGGAAAUUCACCUUUCUGGUGUGUUCCACCUGCUCCUCAUCAAGCAUCAAAAGAAAAGCAACAGGCCAAAUCACUGACUGAAGCCAAAACCACAUUUUGUGGGUUCCAUGUUCACCUGCCUGGAAUGAGAAGGCAUUGUAAAUGGUGGAAAUAAUAAAAGCUUGCCUGAAGGCCCAAGAAUCCUGAACAGUACAGUUGCAGGAGGCACCUUAAGGUUGAAGCUAAAUUAUUUUUAGAGAAAAAGUAAAUAUUAGAUGACUAGUGGAAAAGCAGAGAUAAGGUCAUUACUUACACAGGUUCACAGGGGACUCCACUAGUGACCAGCUAUAUAAAAAAAGAUUCUGUCAGCCUCAUCCAGUGCUGUGGGUUUGGGGUUUUUUUGGUUUUGUUUUCAACUUGCACAAGAGAUCUCCAGGUGGUGAGCUGGAGAUUGACACAAAGUAAUCCCGGUGUGUACUGCUGUGACUCAAGAGCUGCAUAUUAGCGACCAGUAAAGCACACUUCCACUUGAGACAUCUUCACAUCUUUUUAAAAUAAAUUACAAGUUUAUUAAAGUGUGUGAUACAAUUUCAUGGCUUGGUAGUAUAACCAAAGAAGAUAAAAAAGGAUACUUCCCAGCUUCCCAGGUGGAGUAAACUCAUCUUUGCACAUAAAGAGGUGGGUUCUUACCUACUGGAAUUGCUAUGCACCAAUAAAUACUAACAUAAUUGCAAAAAUAUUAAAUCCUGGUCAUCAAGUGGAUGCCUCAGUUGAUCCAUUUACAAUGAUUUUACAAGUUAGCGGGGAAGCCUCCCGGGUCAUGAAAGGCUUGCACUGCUUAUACAGGCAAAGCCACAGCAUUGCUUCAGCUUCUGUGAGGUUGCUCAAACACAAGGCUUCGCGUUCAGUAUUUGCACUGCUGGGUCCUCCCUGCCAUCACAGUACGACUGGUUUCCAGAGCUACGACGUCAGUCACUGAUGUUACUUCACAAUAUUCGGGUGCUGACAAACCUUUUUUUUUGCACCUCUUCCCUGUUCUUAAGCACAAAAGGCCAAAGCCGCUGCCCCCCACCCCCGCUGAGGAGUGCGGGGCAGGGGGGAAGGGAAGGAAGGGAUUAAGUCCAUUGAUCGGAUCUUUCAGGUAUGUACAAAUGAAAGACAACAUAUGGAAGACCCGAUUAGUCACACUCCAGCCCCCAAUCAAAACGCUUUAAGACUUUUAGUGGAACUACAGCCUCAGCAAGACCCGUAUCUUCUCCAUUUGUGCUGAUGAAAACCUCUACACCUCUGCUGAGAGCUGUCAACAUGCCUUUUGCUCAUACCGAAGUCAGGCUUCAGGUUUGUUGCUGAAAAUAUGGCUUAUACAAAGCUGCCACUUCCAGCCUUCCCGAUAUGCUGGAAUCCGGUACUCACCCUCUAUGCUCACAGACCCCCCGACUUUUCUGAAUUUAGAUUUGCUGCACCCCAGCAAUUAUUCAGGAUUAGCACGCAGACAGCGGUGGAUGUGUCUGCAGGCAAAGAGGAUUACAUCUUUUGUGUAUUACCUUUCUAACAGCAGCCUUAGCUCCCAGCAAGCAGGCACCCUAAUUAAACCAACCUGGCAGCGCAUUAAAGCAGCCAAGUAAAGUACAAGUCUCUUGGAAAGUAAUCUGCAAGUUACUGCCUUUGGCCAGUGGCUUGUUUUGUGCCUGAGUGAACAGAGGCCCAGGUGUCUUCUGACCUUCCAGAAGGGAAAGAGAUGUUUAAUCCUCUUGUACUGGACUAUACUGGUCUCUUAUUUUCCUCUUGCAGAUAGUACUUGCCCCAAAGGAAGCCACAUAGUGUGAGUGACACAAAGAGUUGGAUUUAUAUGGAAGGAUGAACUAAAGGCUUUCAGAUGCUAUAGCAAAGGGAUAAAUUAAGAAAUACAUGGACUUCCAUGCAGAUAAUAGAUGAGCAGCGCUAAAAAUAAUUACAAAAACAGGCUUCAGAAACUGUGGCAGAAGUCUGAAGCCAGUGCCACAAACAUCCAUAACGUUUUGAAGCCUUGGGCAAGGAAUAAUAGGACCCAAGCAGAAAUCCCUGGUUGUGUGGUGCUCCCUGAGCUGAAGGGAAGAGCCCAACACAGCAGGCACCACUCAUAGCAGGAAUGCUGCUUGUGGCUGAACCUCAGGGAAUGCAACAGGAAAACAGAGUGCAAGCAGAGAGUAAGUGGCCCAGAGCACCAUCCGUGGGUGGAGGCCCCAUGCUGGUUUCGGACCUGGACCAGUGGGGCUGCUGAGAAAAGUCUUAGCUAUUCUGUCAUCACAUACCAGCAUGAGGAGUAUGACCAAGAUGGGAACAUGGCACAGAACAGUAAGAAGUGUCUCUCUGGUCGCAUGCCUUUAAGUCAGAGCUUGAAAACUGAGCAUGCAAAUCAGCAGGUCUUCCCGGCAAGCACAAGCCAUCAAUUUCUGAAGAACUCAGGGUUGGCUUUUAGUGGAAGCGGAGGCCUCCAGACUUUGACAGCAAUUUCUAGCAAUACUUCAGAGACAAAAACCCCAAGCCAUUCUUCCUGAAUCUAAAGUCAGGAAAAUCUUAACCCUUCCAUUGAAGCAACAAGUUUGCCAGACAGCAUCAUGGAGCUACCCUGACAUGUCAGUUUUACUGGUCUUAUUAAAUACACUGAGUGUGGCACUGGAAAUCAGGAGCUGAAUUGCCUGUAGGGUUAUUUCUAGGAAUGCACAGCUGAAGGAAAAUAGUCAAAGGGCAGGAGAAAUCCACAAAACUGUGUAAACCUGGUAGUUGCAAAAACCUAUCCUGUCUGCAUCCCUCCUCACUGCAAUGUCACACUGGUAUAGAAUAGGAAACAAAGCGGAUUCUUUGCCUAGUAUUUGGAGGAGUAAAUGCAGCUGUAUCUGAGCUUGGCAUGUAAUGUUGAAAAUCUUGUUAACGGAAAGCCAUGUGACACGUGGAGGGGCCCCUGUCAGCCAAUACCAUGGACCUUGCAAAACUGCCAGUUUCUAAGACCUGUAGUGAGACUUUGGUUGUCAAAAAGUUCAGAGAUUAGAUGCUAACUGUGGCCGCAUCCAUCUGUUGAAUUUUCUUUGAGCAAACAGGUAUGUACUUUUUUCUGAGCUGUGGCUUAAAGCCCAGAGUGUGAGACUUCCAAGUCCUACAGCUGUGCAGCACCCCGUGGCUGUGCCCAUACCCAUUUCUGUUUCUCAGUGAAAGCGUAAGUGAACAGUAUAGCUGGGUGGGG